AUGACAGAUGCCUGCAGAGGAGCAGAACCUGCUGCGUCUCCCAGCGCCAGCCUGGAUGCCUCUGACCCGGAGCUGCACUAUGAGGAGGAGGAGGAGGAAGAGGAGGAAACAUCCUCAGGAUCCCCGGAGCCCUCGGACAGCAGCAGCAUCUUCUCUGACGACUCGGUGUACCCCUGCUACGAGGUGUCCCCCGAGGCUGGCGGGGAUGGGUUCCUCAGCCUGUACCAGUGCUGUGCCAGGAAUGAUGCCAAGCUGGUGUGGGAGAGGCUGGAGCGCGGGGUGAGCCGCAGCGAGGCCACGGAGCUGGACAUCAACGGGAGGAACGCGCUGAUGGUCGCCUGCUCCAAGGGCUUCGUGGACAUCGUGCCCCUGCUGCAGAAGUGUCCCUACAUCAACAUCAACCAGCAGGACAACGAUGGCAACACGGCCCUCAUGAUGGCAGCCCAGGCAGGACACAUCACCAUUGUCAACUACCUCCUGAACUACUACCCUGCCCUGGAGGUGGACCAGAGGGACCCGCGGGGGCUGACGGCGCUGAUGAAGGCGGCGGUGCAGGGGCGGCAGGACUGCGUCACCGCCCUGCUGCUGGCAGGAGCUGACCUGCAGGCCGUGGAUGCCGUCAAAGGGAAGACAGCCAGGGAAUGGGCGACCUUCACCGGCCGCUUCGAGACCACCGUGCGCAUCCGGAGCCUCCUGCGGCGCCCGCGCGCCGAGCAGUUCGCAGCCCAAUACCAACCCGAGUGGCCAGCGCUGGCCGAGCUGGUGGCCAAAGCCCUGAGCCCCAAAUCCAGGAGCAAGAGGCUCUCGGAGAAGAUCAGAUCCAUCUUCACCUUCAACAUCCCGCGGAACCCCGAGGAGGACGGCGUGCUGGACCACAUGGUGAGGAUGACCACGGCCAUGGGCAGCCCCUUCGUGGCCACCGCCUGCCAAACCGUGUGCCCUGACAGCCCGCCCGAGGUGGGCAAGCGCCGCCUCUCGGUGCAGGAGAUCCUGGGGCAGCACGUGGUGGGUCCAGGUGAGGAAUCAGAGCCAUCCUCAAGGCCCAGCACGGGGGGAUCCUCCUGUAAUGGCCAGGUUGUGUCCGAGUUCCGACCGCCGCCGCCGCCCCCAAGGCGGUUCCUGAGCUUCCUGCCGCGGUGGCUGCGCCGGGGGAACAGCGUCUUCCCCUGGGAGCCCGUGCCCAAAAUCAAAGUCAGCAAAGCCUCUGGGUCAGCCAGCGGGGAGAGGAAACCACGUGUGAAGGACAAGCACCUGCUGCAGCCACCCCAGUGGAGGUACAAGGUGCUGAAGGAGGAGAAGAAAGCGGCCGAGGAGGCCAAGAAGGGGGACAAGGAGAAGGAGAAAAAGAAGAAGAAGAAGAAAAAGAAAGGCUAA